AGCCGUCCUAUUACAUCCACUCCUCCUCACCGCUCGCGAACCCCCAAUAUCUCCCUUCUUCCACCCACAUCCCCCACUCGUUGCCUAUCGCCGCGAUGCAUUUCUCCCGCAACGGUGUCGUCCCCCGCAUGCAGGCGACCUGCAUGGAGACACCAGGCAGCGUCGUGGACGUGAAUGGACGCGUCUUUCCAGCCGAACCGUGCUCAUCGGUAUGCGACGCGCCCUUCAAUAUGGCACCGUUUUAAGCCUAGGAGCUCAAUUGCCCUGAACUGAGAAGUUACCGAUCAUCCGAGCAGGGCGGCCAAGCGAGGCGGAAGUGCAGUUCCAUGGUGCAACGCUGCUCGUGCUGGUACUUCAAGGGCCGCCGCUCUGCCCCCCCCCCCAAGCACAGGGUUUCCCUGCCAAACCUCCAAGUCUUCGACUGGCAGCACUUCGCCGCUCUCCUAGUGAAGGAACACUGGUACUUUGACGAAUUCGGGUACGCCAUUGUAUCAUGCUCUCAGAGCCUCAGCUGCCCCCCUUCGAUGGGGUGCGUCUGGCUACAACAAAAGACUUGCCUCGAAUAGCCACUGUCGCCGCCGCUGGCUUUUUUUGGAGUCCAACCUUCCGUUUCCAGAGGCCCUACUAUGCGCAGUACCCGACAGAUACUAUACUCUCAUACCAGAAGGAGUAUCACUCAGCAAUACUGGACCCUGCAUGCAUAGUCCUUGUCGCCGAGGACGCGCCAAUUGAGAGUGAGACGGAAAGUGUGUACGAAGCUUUACGGGUAGCACCCGUCUACGGCCACGGCAAAGACGCAUCGUCGCGUAAGGUCGUCGUAGGCGUGGCGAGCAUCGUCAUAAAGCCGGGUUCCUGCUAUAUAGGGUUGUUUCAGACUAGAACAGAUCCAUUGGAGCCUUGCACUGUGUCCAAGAACUUAAAUCGAGAUCAAUGUCCCCUGCAGAACGCUAUCUACAACGAAGCCACGUCCCCGGCGAAGGCCAAGUACCUCGCUGGCCAGAUGAGAUUGGCUACGCUUGCUGUUCAUCCGGCGUAUUGGCGUCGUGGGCAUGCUACUCGACUGGUAAGCUGGUGUACUCGUCUUGCAGAUUUAGAAGGCGUGCCGGUGGGUAUAUCUGCGGCGCCCAUGGGCGCCACUGUAGCCAUAAAGGCUGGAUUCGAGGAACGAGAACUCGUUCGAGUCAAGCGUACGACUGUGCAUGAAGAUCCGACCCCCAAGGAUGAACCUAAUGUUGGGGACGUGGAAUUAUGGGUCGCGAUUCGCCGACCCACUGGUUCUCCGGCAUCAAACGAGAGCGCCACAAGCACGGACUCCCAGGAGUCCUUGCCAUGAAUCUGAGCUGGGCACGAUCGGUGAAGAGCUCGGGCAUUUUGGAGUGGUGCAACGCUGGAUAUGGUGGGUGAGGUUGAAAGGGACUCCAUCGGCGACGGAUCAUCUUUCGGCGAUGACACGUGGCCGACCGUUUACGGCAGCCGCCGUCAACCUUAAGUCGACAUCGCCUCAAGUGCGAAAACUGGACGAGAGGGUUGAUACUGGAGUCGUUGGCGUUUGUUAAAGGGAUGUACCCGCCCGGUUAUCUUACUCUUCGUGCAAUCCGCGAACCGGAGCAUUGCCGUAUUGGCAGGCGCCCCCCAUCGGUCUUGUGCGAGGGAGCCAGAGCCUGCUUAACAGGCGCCAGUAUAUCCAG